CAUUUUCAUAAUAAAAUCUUGGCUCAUUGCAUUCACUAUUAUGGAGAAUAAGAAGGCAUUUGGCGUUUUUUUCAUGUUAUUGAUUAUCAUGAUUGCUCAUGUCACAAUUCCACAUGUGGAAGCUAAGGCAGAACCAAAACUUUGCAUAGCAAAGAGCAACAAAUUCAAAGGCUUCUGCUUAAAGGACCCCAAGUGUGUUUCAGUGUGCAAAACAGAGGGAUUCACCGGUGGUAGAUGCCGAGGGUUCCGUCUUCGCUGUUACUGCACUAAAACCGCUAAACACUGUUAGUUCAGGAGUUCAUUAGUCUAUUGUUAUUACAAGAAAGUCAGAUGAUUUCCUAUGUUUUAUGUUUUUUUCUUUUUUUUUAGUGGCGCCAGAUAUGCCUUUCUGACGUAAUAGUAGAUUAUAAAUUGAUGUAUACGUACGAAUAAAUAGUUUUGUAAUUAAUUUUUAAAUAA